AUGAGCCGCCUGAUCGAUAAAGAACCACCAUACGAGCCCGAGACCCCUUUAAGGCUGGUCGUUGCGGGGCUUUCGCGCACUGGAACAGCCUUUGUACCUGGCCUGCAAGAACUCGGGUACACUCCCUGGCACAUGUGCGAACCGAUUGACAACCCAAGUCGCAUGUAUAACCAAUGGACCGAAGCUAUGAAGUGCAGGUUCUUUGGGGAUGGUCGCCCAUAUGAUCGACAGGACUUUGACAAGCUACGAGGACCAUAUGAUGCGUUACUGGACAUCCCGGCAUGUCUAUUCUGGGAUGAGUUCCAAGAACUGUACCCAGAGACCAAGAUUAUUCUCACAACGCGAUCUGCAGAGUCAUGGUUCAAGUCUAUUCAUAACACAAUAAUUCCUUGGCUGGAAAAGCCCCUUCUCAACAUCCUUCAGCACUUCGAUAACAAACGGCUGGGGCCCGAGAUGCGUAUGGUCAAAAUGGCCUACAAGGUGAUCUGCAAGAACAAUUACCACAGUCAUCGAACUAAGGAGCGCUAUUCACAACACAACGAGCGAGUUCGAAAGGGGGUUGCGCCGGAAAGGUUUCUCGAAAUGCGACUGGGUGAUGGAUGGGAGCCACUAUGCAAGUUCCUCGGUGUGCCCGUGCCCGACAAGCCGUAUCCCAGGGUCAAUAACACGAACGAGUUCAACCAGGGGGCGGGUGAGGCGGAUACGGCAAUGCUGAUCUCAUUGUUUAAGCCGUGGCUGGCUGUGAUAGUUCCAGUUGUCUUGGCUGCGGUGUGGUUUUUUCUCCUGGGGCGAUAG